CCGUGGUGACGGACCGCAUAACUAAGCGUUUACAUUUCGUUCGAAAACUUGCUACCCGGUCUACAUGGAUUCAAAGUGUGGAAGUGUUGCCAGUUUUAACACCACAGUACCCGUUAUCACAAAAUGCUGUAACUAAUUCUUGUGAUAAACUAUGGCUGCAGCCAUGAUAAGCGAUCGUGGUUUACGUAAAAAAUUAACCCAGGAGGCGAUACCUGAGAAAACACCACGCAAACCAUCGAAAAGAAAAUCAACACCUAGCAGUUCGAAGGACAAGAAAAACGAGAAUAACAACAACAAGCGUCCCAAGAUACAGACAGGAGACCCUAAACUAGAUUUAUUUUCAACAUACCAACCUUGGGUUAUCCAAACAUAUGGAGAUUUAGCUAAAACGAAAACGAUAACUUUGAAAAAGUAUGCUCGGAUUUUGCGUACUUUACGUGGAGAAGAAUGCAACAGUUCUGAUAGUUCCAAGUUCCGUUUCUGGGUGAAAGCGAAGGGUUUCUACGUUGGGAAACCUCCGGGUUAUGAAGCUAAGCCGGCGGAUGGAAUCGUGUGUCGAUACAGUGUGGCUGAUGCUGAGGGCUGUGCUAGGACGCCGGACGGCUUGGAGAUAUACAGCGGAUCGCAGAAUGACCCUCCUCUAUACAUACCAACGCCACCGCUAAAGAAUGCUCCAAGUCAAGAACCCGUUUAUAGAAAAGUUGCAAUAGUAGAAAAUUUCUUCGAUAUCAUUUAUACGGUACACGUUGAGUUGGAAGGCAGGCCUGGGAAACAUGCGGGUCAAAAAAGAACUUACAGAACGAUUACGGAGACAUACGCGUUCCUUCCCCGUGAAGCAGUGACCAGGUUCCUGACGGGAUGUGCGGAGUGCGCGCGGCGCCCACGCAGUGCAUCCCCUCCCCCGUUGCCUACACCCUCCCCUUCCCCCACCAGGCAUCCCCCCUACCUGCCGUUCCUCCCGCACUGUGCGACUGAUUACACCAGGAAUUGGGAAUCAGAAAUCGACGCAGCCCACUCCAACUAUCCUUACGAACCGAAAUUCGAUUACACAGAACUCCAACCGUUAAAGAAAGUCGACAGCCCUAAGCCAACAGACACGGAAGACCAGGAACCAACUUAUAUCGAACUUACCUCAAAAAAGGUGAACGCUUUCGAUUCAACUCCCUUACUAAACAGAAGUACGUCAGUCGAACCCGCGUUUAGAGAAGAACAGCCAGUUCGCACCGACCCUGAGAUAGACAAAGACGAGAAUAGUUUAAUCGAUGUAGAAGAUGUCAAAGUCGUUGAUAGUCCACCACUAUUACUGCUAGAGGAAAAGCAAGAAACAGAACAGGAAGUUACUGAAGAUGACAAAGAAAGUACUAAGACGACAGAAAACGUAGAAGUGACUGAACCGAAAGUCGAAGUUAAGAAAGAGAAGAAAUAUAAUCCGCUAGAUGUCGCUAAUUUGACUUCGAAAGACCCUCCGAAGUCGAGAUCUCCGCCUCGGAAGAAAUUACUGCCUACAAGUGUAGAGUGUACGAACUCUUAUGGGAGAUAUCCUCGGCCGUGGCGACCUGAUGGUGGUUUAUACUAUGCAGGCGAGGACGUCGAUUACAGCGUGCCUAUUACCACAGCCUACCUCAAGCAUAUGCGGAGUAUGGCGUAUCAAGAUAGUUUGGAUGGAGAAUCAAAGGACAAUUUAACUCCGGAACCAACCGAUAUGACAGACGAUGACAAUUUCUCUGGUGUCGCCCUCGCGAAAGACGCUGAGAAGUUGAAAAUGAUGUUGCUGGCAUGGAAUUACCACAGCCAGAGUCAAGGUCGGAACGGUGACAUGUCAGAGAGUGGGACGGACAGCAUGGCGGACCUUUGGGCGUCCUACCACAGCGCCCUAGGUCUAGGAUCCAAGCCACCCAAGCCGCCAACGCCCUUGGCUACAGGCCACUCGGUGAGUUUUAAGAGUCCGAUCCACGUGGGUUCAGCGACUCCGGGGCUGGAGACGAGUGCGACCCAUGAUGAGACGUCGUCCUCAGACAGGACUAAGGACGAUGACGACGCGGGCGCCUCGGAUGACGACAGCGACGACCGCGUCGACCCUCACCAUCAUGACCCUGAACGACUCAAGGCUUUUAAUAUGUUCGUCCGUCUGUUCGUUGACGAGAAUCUAGACAGAAUAGUGCCUAUAUCCAAGCAGCCUAAGGAAAAGAUCCAGGCCAUCAUAGACUCUUGUACGCGGCAGUUCCCGGAGUUCGCAGAAAGAGCUAGGAAGAGGAUCAGGACGUACUUAAAGAGUUGCAGAAGGAAUAAGAAAGUCAGGGGAGACGUGCCCACCAGUGGGAACGGCGGCAGCACGCCUUCUACCAGCGCGUGGGACACCGCGGUGAGGGUCCGAAAUAUUAUUUGCAUUAUAUUAGUAGUAUAAAGUAUAAACUUAGUA